AUGGUUGCUGCUCGUCUGCUCCGUCCCGCCGCGCGGCUCCUGCGACCCUCACCAUCCAUCCGCCCAACAGCUACCUUCCAGCGAGUAUCCGCGCCGACAGCGUCGAGAUGGCGGACCUACGCUUCCGAGAACGGACCGAAAGAGAUGACUGUGCGUGAUGCGUUGAACGAGGCCCUGGCGGAGGAGAUGGAGGUGAAUCCCAAGGUCUUCAUCCUCGGUGAAGAGGUGGCCCAGUACAACGGAGCAUACAAAGUCACAAAGGGCCUUCUCGACCGCUUUGGGGAGAAGCGGGUCAUCGACAGCCCCAUCACGGAGUCGGGCUUCGCUGGCCUAUGUGUCGGCGCCGCCCUAGCAGGCCUCCACCCUGUCUGCGAGUUCAUGACGUUCAACUUUGCUAUGCAAGCCAUUGACCAAGUCAUCAAUUCGGCAGCCAAGACCCACUACAUGUCUGGUGGCAUCCAACCAUGCAACAUUACCUUCCGCGGGCCCAAUGGCUUUGCGGCCGGCGUGGCCGCGCAGCAUUCGCAAGACUACUCGGCAUGGUACGGAUCGAUCCCCGGCCUCAAAGUCGUCGCUCCUUACUCCUCCGAAGACGCCAAGGGACUGCUAAAGGCAGCCAUCCGAGAUCCUAAUCCCGUUUGCGUACUCGAGAACGAGCUCUUGUAUGGCUUGUCAUUCCCCAUGAGCGAGGCGGCGCAGAAGGACGACUUUGUCUUGCCUUUCGGCAAAGCCAAGAUCGAGCGUCCCGGCAAGGACCUGACGAUCGUCACCCUCUCGCGCAACGUCGGCCUCUGUCUCGUAGCGGCGGAUGCGCUCAAGAGCAAGUACGGCGUGGAGGCUGAAGUCAUCAAUCUCCGUUCCAUCAAGCCCCUGGACAUUGAGGCCAUUGUGAAUUCCGUCAAAAAGACUGGUCUGAUGAUGGCGGUGGAAUCGGGCUUCCCCAUGUUCGGCGUGGGCGCGGAACUCAUUGCACUGACGGUCGAGUACGCGUUCGACUACCUCGAUGCGCCGCCGGUGCGCGUGACUGGCGCGGAAGUGCCCACCCCGUACGCACAGAAGCUGGAGGAGAUGAGCUUCCCGACACCCGAGCUCAUCACCGAGUACGCCGCGAAGCUGUUGAAAGUUUGA